UACCUGGUCUGGGGUUGGGAGGUCAAGGAAGCACGCGAGAGCGAACGUCGUCGGACGCGACGUUAAGCUUUCGUUAAGUUUCGAAUUGUAACGAGCAUGUUGUUUCUGACUUCUCCUUUUCUCAUCUCGUUUCAGGUUCAAAUUUUAGGACUUCCAACGACUUUUUUUGCGCGCGCGCUGUGAAGCGACCGGCUACCACUCGAGUGAGCGUGAUUCGCCUUUGAUCGCUCUCAACGAGGCUGCGUCUGGAACUGGAUCUCCGUUCCAAGUCGCGGUGCUGCGGUGGGCUGAGUGAGACUUUGGUGGAAGACUUCAGUCAGUGCCUUCGUCGUGUUGGUCUGGGAAGGGCCGUCUCCACCGUCGUCGUCGUCGUCGUCGUCAUCAUUAUUAACGUUGGCUGGCUGGCGCGUGGUGCCAUUAUGAAUUCGAUACCCCCUAGUCGCUAGUCCGGGGUCUUGAGAGUCGGCAUAGAUAAUGAGUCAUAAUGAUACAUAGUGAUAAAAAAUUACUUUACCGAGAGUGAGUAACUUAAUAGGAGCGGAAAAUGCCGUAGAGUCUGUCUGGAGCCGAGUGAGUGAGUGAACCACACAUAAAAUUGCCAGGGAAAAAAGAAGAUGAUAGAAUUGCUUUUCGGAUAGGCGAAGGUUGCUGCUGAUGAUAAGAAAGCUAUUUCUCGAGAUUCUCGCCGCUCGUGGAAUACGAAGAAUGUGAUGAUCGAGAAGAAAAGAAGCGAAGUUUUACCAGAAGCAAACGAAAGAAGAUGUGGUAUUUCUACUAUCUAUCGGUUUAAGUGCCUCUCGAACGACCACAUCGCAGCGCGAGUGAAUGUAAUGUAUCUUGUCUGAAGUGUCCUCUUGCCGAAGUGAAAUUCAUAUCUGGAGAAAAGAGGGAAGAAAUAUCUCUCUGUAAAAGUUAAGUAAUUAACGUGCCGCGAUACAAGAAAAGCCGUGCGACAACAACGUCGUCCAACACAUUCCUCUCCAAUCCCUCACAGCAUUCCCGUAGUCAUGUCAACAAAUAGUAAUAACCUGAAACUAUCUGGAAAUAUUAUCAGUCUCGCAGGCAACAAACAGUCCCAACUACAGAAAUCCAAACUGAAGCAGCCACCGGCGGCAACUGUCACCUCAAACGGACACGCCAAUUCGACGGUUGCAGGUCAGCCGACAGUGAACGGUGGAGCGAAACCAGUCCAAACUCAACCAUCUCUGCAGAAACAAGUUUCUCAACCAAUCCAAACGGCGGGAUCGCAAAUUCCGCCCCGAUAUCAACCACCUCCUCAGCCUCCGGGAGGUAUCCUCAAACACAUCGUUCAUAACGGAGGCGCUCCACCGCUGGCCAGAUCCUCCACAGUACCAUCCAUAGCCUACACUUCCGACCUUAACGGGGGAUCUCAUCAUCACCUGAAAUUUCCUCCCGAAAUCCCCAAAACCACCGGGCUCUACAUCCCCGAAAAUCUCAAACAUCAACUCAUCCCUAGUCGGUUGGCCGUUCCGCGAUCCCAUCUGAGGUUCUCCAACCAACACCACCUCACCGCAACCAGCAACCACCCAAAUCAACCACAACAACCGUCCCAUCACCUUCCGCCACCUCACAACCGCCUCAGCUCGGAAUCUUCCUCCGAGGAUCAAGCGACAACCAGUUCCACCCGAUCCCUGCAGCAACACCUGAACCCAAAACAGCAACCAUCCCCACAACCCACCCAAAACCAACCUCAGCAGCCCCAGGGCCACAUCCAGCAGACCACUGCGAUCGUUCACCACCACCAACCUCCCAGUCAGCAGGCACCACCGAUCCCAACAACAACCAACGGCAUCAACAGCAACAACAACAACAAUCAGCAACAUCCAAACCAAAAGCAACAACAGCAACAACUACAACAGCAGCAGCAGGAGAUGCUGAAGUUUGUCCGGAAAGCCGAAUCGGAAACGUCGUCCACGCCGACCUCGUCCAGCGGGGGUCGGAUAUCGUCGAUCGAGCAGAAUCGACACUUUCAGAAUCUCCUCGCCGAGCUGCGAGCGCUGAAAGAGGCUAACCAGCGGCUAAGUGACGACAACCAGGAGUUGCGAGACUUGUGCUGUUUCCUGGACGAUGACCGACAGAAGGGACGCAAGUUGGCACGCGAAUGGCAACGAUUCGGCCGGUACACGGCCAGCGUGAUGCGGCAGGAGGUUUCCGCUUAUCAGACGAAACUGCGGCAGCUGGACGACAAGCAACAGGAGCUCAUUCGGGACAAUUUGGAGCUGAAGGAGUUGUGUCUGUAUUUGGACGAGGAACGAUCGAACACCAACCGGCCGGCAGCGGUUUGCGGAAACUGUGGAGCGGCCCCCGGUAGUACGACCAGUGCGAAUGCUGUUCCCCUCCGGGACGACGGAGAUGGAAGCAGCUCGAGCACGAACGCUGAUGAGAAUAUCCACCAGAUAGGUGGAGGACAGUUCGGGAGGAAUGGAUUGACGGAACUCAACCUCCGCUCCGCUCUAAGCGACCAAACCCUGCAAUACGUCCGAUCGCUUGAAUCUCGAAUACGACAGCUAGAAGAGGAACGAUGCGCCAUCCUCAAAAACGUCCAACCAAUCGGACCCACCAACGGAACAGGACCUCCAGUAUCGAACAACAACUCCACCAACAAUCAGCCGCCACCUCCAUCGUCCAUUGCCGAUCCCAUAUCGGGCCGACCGGAAGCAGUGGUACGAGCCCUUCAGGUCCUGGAAGUCCGAGAGCAACUCGAAAGGGAACGAAUUGGACCGAACAUCACGUCCGAUCUUCAACUGGACGACGGUGAAAAAGCACUGGUACGCGAGAUGUGCAACGUUGUGUGGCGAAAGCUGGAGGACGCUCCCAAUACAGGAAUCGAUCAGCACGUUUGACAGGUGGUUCCCUUGGGUCGAAUGUGGUGCGCUUGAAAUUUUCAGUGGGACGUUCAAAGCUGUGCUUGGUGAUUUCA